AUGUCGUGCGAGGCCUGGGGCCUGGCCCACGCGCUGUGGGUGCACGGCUGCUGCGCCCUCGGCGGCGCCGUCUCGGCGGGCGCUUGCGCGCGCCUGGCCGCCGCAGUGGACGAGCAGCUGGCAGAGGUGCAGCGCGGCCUGGCGGCGGCCGACGAGGACGCGCGGGCGGAGCUGGAGCAGCGGCACCUGGGAAACAUCUCUCCUCCGGGGCGUUCGAUGCCGCGAGCGCCGCUUCGACCUGAAGCUCGGCCUGGACGCGCCCGCGCGCGGGGCGCUGGCCGAGCUGGGGCGGACGGUGGGGCCGCUGCUGGAACAGCUUGUGUCGGCGGAGGGGCGCUUGGUGGAGCUCGCCUGCAUUCGUCGACCCUGGCGCUGAGCAGCAGCCGCUGCACGCGGACACCAGGGCGGACGUUCGCGCAGUCUGCGCCCCGCUGA